GGUCAUAGUGCAAUUUCGUAAUGCAAAGUAAUGUUACGUAGUCAGUUUUAGUGGUGAAGUUGUGGCUGGCUGUAGUAGUUUGUGUUUGUUAUUAAUGAUAAUUAUUUUAGUAGAAUUGUUGGUGUAUUGUGAUAGAAUAAGUUAGUGUUACAGGUAAAUCAAGUUUAACAAUGGCACCAACGUUAAGUAAAUUUGUUACGAAGAGAAAUGUCGCGGGAGCGCUGUCAGUUUCUUUUCUGUAUUGGUUACUUCGUAUGCGAAAAAAGCAGAAUAAAAUAAUAAGAAAGCCUGUACACAGUGAAAUCCAGUAUGUAGUUGGUGAAAAAUCUCCACAGAAAACAAAAGCGCGCGUGGAUGCUGUCUUCUUUGGUCAGUUGCGUUACCUUCUCUCGAUCGUGAUCCCGGGUCCAUUGUCAUCAGAGACUGGGUUUUUGUUUCUUGUUGCUGUAGCUCUCAUAGCUCGUUCUCUAUGCGAUCUAUGGUUUAUUCGCACUUGUACCUACAUAGAAAAUGCAAUUGUGAACACAGAUAGAAAAAUGUUCAUGUCAGAAAUGUUGGUUUUUGUAUCUGCAAUGCCUGUGAUGUCUUUGGUGAAUAAUUUAUUAAAAUACAGUAUCGGAGAAGUGAAACUUCGAUUCAGGACAAGAUUGACUCGGUACCUGUAUGACCAAUAUCUCAAGGGCUUUACAUAUUACAAGAUGAGCAAUUUGGACAACCGUAUAGCAAAUGCAGAUCAGCUGCUUACGACAGACGUCGACAAGUUUUGCGAUACUGUGACAGACUUAUACUCGAACAUCAGCAAACCACUCCUUGACAUUGUCAUAUAUGUGUAUAGGCUUACCACACAAUUGGGAGGAAAGACGCCAUCUCUCCUGAUCGUGUACCUCAUGAUCGCAGGGUGGUUCUUGACGUACCUGCGUCGACCAAUUGCACGGAUGACGGUUACCGAACAGAAGUUAGAAGGAGAAUUUCGUUACAUCAAUUCUCGUCUCAUAACAAAUUCUGAAGAAGUUGCCUUCUACCAUGGAAACCAGCGAGAAAAGUUAACCCUUCUAGCAUCAUUUGAAAAGCUGACCAGUCACCUAAGAAAGUUCCUGGAAUUCCGUAUUGUGAUGGGAAUUUUGGAUAACGUGGUUGCAAAAUAUGUUGCAACCGUGGUCGGUUUCUAUGCAGUGAGUAUCCCCUUCUUUGAUGCGGUACACCCGCUUUUGUCAGGAUGUGGGAAAGAAGAAAGAUUCAGGCAUUAUUACGAGUUUGGUCGAAUGAUGGUGAAACUGGCAGAGGCGAUUGGACGGCUCGUUCUGUCCGGCAGAGAGAUGACGCGACUCGCCGGCUUCACUGCCCGCGUCACAGACCUAAUAAAGGUCCUAAAAGACGUCAACCAGGGGAAUUAUAUCCGGACGAUGGUUGGAAAUCCAGGCUCCGUUACAUCAGUUGUGGGCAGCAACGCACAUGAUGGACUGGCUAAUAGCAGAAUGCCGCCUCCUGUGCCCUUAAUUCCAGGAUCAGGAAGGAUUAUCUUCCAGGACAACGUAAUUCGUUUCGAUAAGGUUCCACUUGUGACGCCCAACGGAGAUAUUUUGGUGAACGAACUGGACUUUGAGGUCCGCUCAGGAAUCAACGUAUUGGUUUGUGGUCCCAACGGAUGUGGAAAGAGUUCACUUUUUAGGGUGCUGGGAGAGCUGUGGCCGCUAUUUGGCGGCACACUUACAAAGCCACCAAGAGGAAAGCUUUUCUACAUUCCGCAGAGACCAUACAUGACACUGGGAACGUUGCGUGAUCAGGUGAUCUAUCCUCACACGCAUGAUGAGAUGCUACGUAGGGGCAAGACGGAUGAUGACCUCGCAGAUCACUUGGAGCGAGUCAAGUUGUCGUAUCUGUUGUGUCGGGAAGGCGGCUGGGAUGCCAUCGCAGAUUGGAUUGAUGUGCUGUCUGGUGGAGAGAAACAGAGAAUAGCUAUGGCUCGGUUAUUCUACCACCAACCGCAGUUUGCGAUUCUAGAUGAGUGUACAUCUGCCGUGAGUGUAGAUGUAGAGGGCAGCAUGUAUCAGUAUUGCCGAGAAGUUGGUAUUACACUCUUCACCGUCAGUCAUAGACGUUCACUGUGGAAACAUCACGAGUACUAUCUCCAAAUGGAUGGUAGAGGAUCCGUGCACUUCAGGCCUAUUGAACCUGACACAGAGGAAUUUGGAUCAUGAAGCUAAUUGGUCGUUACGGCCGAGGAAUUUGUGGAAAUAUUUUGUCUACAUGUGAAAUGCGAUGAAGUGCUUUAUGCAAGAAAACACAGAUUUACCAUAUCAUAUCGUAUAGGAAGUAGUCGGUUUAGAAAAUUUAUUUUUUUAUUAUAUAUUAUUUUUAGUCGUAGUUAUUGGGACCUCUUUUCUUGGCAUAAAUUUGUCAUAAAAUUGAAGUAAAUGUCGCGGUUUAUGCUAGCUGGGCUAGCUUCUCGCGUGGAUGAAUUUAACGUUUCAUACUAUUUUGUACAUAUCAAUCCUUGCAGAAUACGUUUACAACCGAUAAGAGAAUGAUGUGAAAAAUUUUAAUAUAAAUUUCUGCUGCUUUUGCUACUACCACUAUUCCUAAAGGGAUAAAAAUGUAUUUAAAAUCAUUUUUAAGAUGGCGUCUAGGAUGAUGCACUGUGCGCUCUUACACAGAUAUUGACCACUGUUUCAGAGAUGUUUACUGCCUUCGUCAUCAGGGCGCAGUAAGCACCUCUGAGAUGUCGGUCACUUUCUGCGAGACUACGCAUUACAUCUUGGCUGUCACGGAAACCUGAAAUUAUUUUAUUUAGCUUUAGUGAAAAACUACUUAUCUGUCUGAAAUAAGGUUUGAUAUUGUUUUAUAUAGAAUAGUCAGGGUAGUUCUGUCAGAAUAGUGACUAGGCUGUGGGCUUAGUUCCUGGCAGAGGCGGAGAAUGGUCUCUUCCGCCAUGUCGAGACCAGCUCUGGGGCUCGUGCUGUGUUGGGUAUGGGGACUCUGUCCUCAGGGAUAAAGAGACGAGGGCAUCAUCCUGACCGCUCGCCUCCACCUAGUGCUGACGUUAAUUGUGUGUAAAGCUGUGCUUUCACGCCCUAAUAUGUUUUAAAUUGUGGUGCGUAACUUGGCACCAGGGACUUCUUUAGUCUGUUGACGUACUACAUGGCGUGUGUCUCUGAGGCGGUAAAGUAGUUUGCGUCUGUAGCUCACGUCCAUUUUGUGCCAACGUUAAAAAUGUGUGACGUUUUAUCACGCCCCAGUGUUGCCUGUAGCAACAGAGGCAGUUUUAUGCUUGCUUUUGAAUCCUGUCUGGUUGUAACACGACAAUUUUCUGCGGAAAGUGCGUCUAGGGGAUAUAAAUUUAUAAUUACCUCCGAACUAUUGAAUCUUUUUUUUACAAUCAUGUUCUAUCUCUCAAGGAGUUUGAAUUAUUUGUGCUGGAUGGUACCAGACACCAAAGAGCGCUUUCGGCAAUUAGUUGCCAGUUUCCAGUGGCCCCUAGUGACAUGAUUAACAAACGCCCAAAGAAAUGUAAAAAGAAUUUUUGAAAUAUGUCAACAUACAACUCUGGGAGCAUUUUUAGUACGUCAUUUAUACAGACAUACAGUGGAGAAGGUCUAAUGUAUUUUCUUUCUUUAUUGUAUUCGAGUAAACUAUUUAAGAAUGGAUAUUGGUAAGAGAAGUGCAGUUAGGUGAGUGACAAUCUGAAUGCUCUGUGCGAGUGUGUGUAUGUGUGCAAUAUACUGUAUCGUACAUUAUUUUAUUAAAAGGUUUAAUAUGGGAAACGGAUAUACCACCUGAAUAUUUGGAUCCACAAAUACUGCUUUUGAGUCUGAAUCGGAUAUCUAUAAAGAAAAUAUUCCAGCUUUGAUUCAUUUUUGUAUCUUGGAAGACUAUUUUGUCGUAAUUUAAUUCUAAUGAUUCCCGCCCAGCCUCUUGUCCAAAAAUGAUAUCAAUUUACCCUGGAACAGACCACUGACUUCUGUCUAAUGUCAAGGUAUAGAAUGCAUGGAGCCUUACCUCCAGCAUUAAUGUGCUGUGUGAAUUGCUGUUUGUAAAGUCAUAGAAAGUGCGUUAUAUUACAAAAGAAAUGUUUUAACGCAUUUUCUUACUGGCUGUGUAAAUUUGCGGUAUUGUUUAAAUUGGAUCAUAGGUAAUUAAAAAAAUGAUGCAUCUGUGUCAAUGCCAUCUUCGGCUCUGUUUGUAAUGAAUGCCUUUAAGAUAGGGCAACAUUUAUAGGUUCAUAAAUGUAUGUACCAGUA